AUGGCCAUAGUCUCCCUGGGCGGCCUGCUCUAUCUACUCCCGCCGCUCUGUUGUGGCUUGUUUUUUGCCCUUCGAGUUAUUCAGUUACAUGUCGCUAAGCACAACAGACGAAAGGCCGUGCUUGAUGAACUCAAAGCCACAGACCCCGAGAGGAAGCGGCUGAUUGGAUUCUUUCACCCGUAUUGCAAUGCAGGUGGCGGUGGAGAACGUGUGCUAUGGACCGCUAUCGCUAUGCUCCAACGCUCCGAACCAGACGUCGUGAACGUCGUCUAUACCGGUGACAUCGACGUCACGAAAGCACAAAUCAUCGAGAGAGUGAAGGCGCGGUUCGACAUAGAGCUUGCACCCUCAUCUCUUCAUUUCGUGUUUCUACACUCACGAUACCUCGUCGAAGAUACCACAUGGCGGAGGUUUACACUCCUUGGCCAGAGCAUAGGGUCUAUGUACUUGGCAUGGGAGGCGAUGUCCAAACUCGUUCCUGACCUCUACAUCGACACCAUGGGCUACGCCUUCACCUUUCCCGUCGUGCGCUGGCUUGCCCUGACCAAGGUUGGCGCGUACGUACACUACCCCACGAUCAGCACCGACAUGCUCGAGCGGGUGCGCUCGCGUCGGGCAUGGCAUACUAACUCCGGUGCCAUUGCAUCUUCGGCAGUCCUAAGCAAAGCAAAAUUAUUAUAUUAUCGCAUGUUCAUGUUCUACUAUACGGGCUGCCUCCGCACUGCCUCGUUCUUGAUGGUAAACUCUUCGUGGACGAAAAAUCACGUCGAUGCAGUUCUGCAACAUACCGACCCACUCCUCAGUAGUCUCCACAUACUCGGACUGCUCCUGCCCGCGAGCGCAGCACGCACAGCACGCAUCGUAUACCCGCCAUGCGACACGCGCGACCUCGCGACUUUCCCGCUGGAGGGCCGUGAGCGUGUCAUAUUCAGUCUCGCGCAAUUCCGCCCGGAAAAGGACCAUCCAGCGCAAUUACGCGCGUUUCAUCGGGUUCUGGCCGACCACCCGGAGUACGCUAAGCCGGGUCCGCUGCAGGUCCGACUCGUCAUGAUGGGCGGCAGCCGUAACGCUGAGGACGCUGCGCGUAUUGACGCUCUGCGCGAGCUAGCCCGUGAGCUGGGCAUCGAGGAGCAUGUAGAGAUAAUUAUCAAUGCCUCGUAUCCCCAGAUGCUCAAUUGGCUGUCAAGAGCAAGCAUAGGUCUAAGCACAAUGGUGGAUGAGCACUUCGGCAUCAACGUCGUGGAGUUCAUGGCCGCCGGUGUCAUACCAGUGACACAUGCUUCCGGCGGACCCUUGAACGACAUUGUCGUUCCCUUCAACGGAAGUCCGACAGGCUUCCAUGCGACGUCUCCGGAGACUUUCGCAGAAGCUUUCCACAAAGUCUUGACCCUAUCACCGGAGGAGGAAGUGAACCUCCGGUCGCGCGCUCGCACAUGGGCUGUUCAGCGAUUCUCAGAAGAAGAAUUUGAAAAGGGAUGGAACGAGAGCGGCUGGCAGCAGACUCUUCGGGGUUGA